AUGGAGACCUCAGCGCCCAAGAGGCGCAGGACGUCGCCCCGGUCCGCCAUCGCCAUCCAGCCCCAAGACCAAGUCCAAACCGGAUACCUCGAUGUCGCCCGCGAUGAGACCCCCAACCGCUCCGUCUCUCCAUCAGAAUUUUUAAACCUAUCUCCAAACGGGACAAACGUUAUGAAAGCGGCCACCGAGCCUUCAACUGCACGCCAAAGCAACCACCCCAUCCAAUAUCCCAACGACCAUAAUGAUGACCCAACCCUAGCGUCGCGCCCAACCACGCCCGAUAGCACCGCGAGCAAGGCGGGCGCCACAAACGCCCGCCUCGAACUACAUCCUCCCCCCGCUGCAGCUCCUCGCGACGGCAACGCGCCGGCGCCAGCUCGCGAGCCAAGCCCUCUACGAUCGCCCCCUCGACGCCCAGCCGUUCCCUUGCCCACCGUGCGACCCGUUCCGCGCCCUCUGCCUCCUCCGGGCCCUGAGGAUGAAGAAGAGCCGCCGAACGCAGCUAUCCCGAAGGGACUGCGCUCAUUAGGUGUUAUCCCCGAAAUCCCCGUUCCCGAGCCCGAGCUGCCCCCAACACCAGAACACCCGGACCCCGUGGUUAGCACUCCGCCAUCGGGCAUUCAUAACACGCCGUCGCGCCGCGCGAAGAGGAGUAAGGCGCUGGCGGAGAAGAUUAAGAGUUCUUCGCCACUGAAGCAGCCUCCGCUGCGGCCGGACGAGCGUGCUGUGGAUGGGCCCGUGCCGAUUGAUUUUGGAGGUGCCGCUUCGAAGAAGGGGCAGGUUACGACAGCAGGGGGAGAGCAGUAUCUAAAAGAGGCUGAGCCAACUACGGCUGAAUUGCGUGGCCUACGGCCCCGCGAUCCCGAUAGGGAAAAGAAACGCCGCCGAGACGCGUUGCUGGCCGAGAUUCGCGCGCUUGAGCGUGACCUGGCUGUUGCGCAGAAGGAGAAUGAGAGGAUUCGGCAGGCAAGGCUUGCGAGGCGGGAGCCCUCACCGCCGUUAAAUGGGAAGGAGGUGCUGCAGGUUUUGAGAAGACACGCCCUGUCCGCUGAUGCGAAGAAAGACGAAAAGGAAGACGAUCCGAUUGCCGGAUUAUUGGCAAGUGCGCUGAACCCAAUCGCGUUUUUGCCGUUCAGCAAGACUGGGCCAGUACCAGACGUGUUGAAGCCUCCUGCGGCAAAGAAGGACAAAAAGGAGGAGGGGAACCUGCCAAGUCACGAGCCCCUUCCCAUGACAGCCGAGGAAGCCUUACCUUACCUACAAGUCUUCACUCCCUUAACCUUCACCUCGCAGGUCUCCCCCUUGCCACAGGACGAUCCCGACAAACCCAUCCUGCAAGUCCACACCAUUACCGCGACAUCAACAUCGCCCCGGGGCUUGUUCACAGCUAGGAUUCACAUGACAGUUGACACGGAGAGCAUGGCUAUUGUCGAGCUGGAUGUGCCGAGAUUGGAGCCGGCGGCUGAGGGAGAACUGAGGCCUUUUAUAGAGAGGAUUACUGGCAAGGGGAAGGGGGAGAAUGGUCAGGAGAAGGAGAAGGAGGUGUUGAAACGGGGCAGCGGGCUGUACAACAACAUCAGUGUGCUCACCUGGGCUAUGGGGGAGUGGCUGCGCUUGGCAAUUAAAAGGGCGCGGGUGUGGCGGACAUUGGAGCGUGAGGUUAGCGGUGAGAACCAAAAUGAGGGGGUCAGAAAGCUGGUAUUGUGGAUGAGGAGCCGCAAGAAAAGGAAGAGGAGGCGGAAGGGGGGUGAGGAUGCUGGUAAGGAGAUUGAUGAUCAAGAUGGGGAGGGGGAUGAGAUGAUGGAGGAGGAGAGCUCGUCGAACCUCCGCGCGGCAGAUUUGUUGCCCUUCCUUGGACGGAGAAGCAUGGACUUCCAGAUUCCGGCUCUGGACGAUCCUGCGCAGGAGAUGUCUGCGCUGAGGGUGUCGUGGAGGAUAAGGUUUGAUUGGACGGGCGAGGCGAGGAGUGAGAUUGGGGUUGCGGUUGGGGUGCCGGGGAAGUGGCAUAAAAUUGACGAGCGAGGCCGGCUCGCAGGCAUUCCUAGCCUGUUUGAUCAGUUAAUUCACGGCGGGGAAGAUCCGCUGAUGGCAGUUAGGACGGUGGUGUGUCUUUUGGCAGGGAAUACGACCGUAUAG